GCGUUUGUUUUUUACAUACUCUGAGCAUAUAAACAUAUAAGUUAUAACUUUUGCUAUAACUACAUAAUAAGAAGAGGUAUCGACACAAGUUUUCCUGGAGUUUCACUGGAAUGCCACUGGAAGUAUUGUGCUGAUCUCAGAAUGCAGAGGGCAGCACGAAUGAAGCGAGAGUUGGAGAUGUUUGUAAAUAGACCACCCCAUGGUAUCUCAUGUUGGCCAAUAGGUGACAGCCUGGAAACUCUCGAGGCUCAGAUUAUAGGAGGAGAACAUACACCAUAUGCUAAAGGAAUGUUCAAGUUAUCCAUAAAUGUACCGGAGAGAUAUCCGUUUGAGCCACCAAAGAUUCAGUUCACCACACCAAUCUAUCAUCCUAACAUUGAUACAGCUGGAAGAAUAUGUCUAGAUAUAUUGAAGAUGCCACCAAAGGGGGCAUGGAAACCUUCGUUGAACCUCUCUACUGUGCUAACAUCCAUCCAGCUGCUGAUGGCAGAACCAAAUCCUGAUGACCCUCUCAUGGCAGAGAUUUCAGAAGAGUUCAAGUACAAUCGGCAACUUUUCAUUGAGAAUGCACAGAGCUGGACCAGGAAGCAUGCCAUGCCAGCUGAGCAGAUUGCAGCACGGAGCACAGGUGAACACCAAAAGAGACAAAGCACAGAUCCUAUUGGUAGUGAAUCAAAGGUCCAAAAAGUUUAAAGCUGAUAGCUUGGGUAGAUUAUGACAUGUAAUAGAUUACUAUCAAACCUGUGUAUAUUGUUAGUUAAUUGUACAGAGAAGCAUCAUAUUAUUCCAUACAAUUUAUGUGUGAAAAAU